AUGAACAUGAACACGAAUGGAACUGAGGUCCGAAAUGGGCGCGAUAGCGGUUCAACGGCCCCGUUUGGCUAUUCCUUUCCUUUGGACACACCCUAUGAGCCCGCGCCGGCAUCACCCCUGGGACCAGCGCUUCUCGACGAUAAUGAAUCUAACAUGCUCGAUAAUUUCUUUAUUUCAAUCAGCUCGAAUCCCUUUGCCAACGAUUUCUGGCUUAUGAGCCCCCCAAAUGACCAGAAUAAAUCUCUAAAUCCCGCUACCUUCGACUGGUCGGCUGAACUCCCUCCAACCUUCGAAGGCUCCACAACGUCUCUUCCGCAGCCACCGCUCACACAUCGCGCUCUCGAAAAACCCAUCGGAGCUCUUCCAGAGCAUUCGAGCUCAACCUCUGAUGUGGUCGCCGCCGCGUCCAUGCUCUAUCAGAAUGGAAUUAACGGUUCAGAAACCAGCGCUCCGUUUGCGAACCAACCACUUUCCACAUUCUCCAAUAUGGAUUUCCCCUUAAUCAAGGGAAGCGGCAAGAACCGGCAACCAAACGGCCAUUUACCCCUCAGGCGCGCUAGUACUGCCUCCCGCACCCAUGUACAUGUACCCGUUGGGUUCCAUACAUCCAGGAUGUUUUUCGAUGUUCACGAACCAAUAUCGCCAGAACAGCAGGCGUCUACAAAAGGACGGCCGCUUCACUGGGGCUCGGAUGCUAGCUUUAUGGACCAGGGAUACGUGGCGCCUCCGGACCAGCCGGACGAAGAACAACGAACAAAGGAGCUGUUGGAUAAUUUGGAAUGUCUUGAACCGCAAAGCAGCGCUGCGAAUACUCGAGCACCUACCCCAGAUCGUCUAAUGCAUAGCCGCCAUGGUCCGUGGGUAGAGUCUCGACCUGUGAGCCACACCAACGGUCUGCAGACAGAUUACAGCGAUAGGGUAGAAGGUCUAUCACACCCAAAGAAGAAGCAGCGAACAUCAAUCAAGGAGGAAAAUGAAGAAAACUCGGAUGGAGAUAGUUCAAUACAGCGGUCAAAACGAUCAAAGGGUGCGUCAAGACGAUUGUCAGCCGAUGGAAUUCGAAAGUCAAGAGCUUCACAGAGCGCAAAGCCUCCACGAGAAAAUUUAUCGGAAGAGCAAAAGAGGAGCAACCAUAUUCUCUCGGAGCAAAAGCGAAGAAACCUUAUCAGACAGGGAUUUGACGACUUGUGCACACUCGUACCGGGGCUGAAAGGUGGCGGAUUUAGCAAGAGUGCGAUGCUUACUCAAGCUGCUGACUGGCUGGAGGAUAUAUUACAGGGUAAUGAACUCUUAAAAGCACAACUUGCAGAGCUGAAAACCAUGAAUGGCUUAGUGAUGCCAUGA